UGGCGUGUUGCGCUUGCGAAUUUCGCGGAACGAGCGGUUGAGCGCCGGAUUUAACAAGAACACAAUAAGGCAUAAAAACCCUUCAAGCGCCCGCAAGAUUCCCGAGGCCGCGAUCAAAACGUCCCAUUGCGACGGCAUGGCCGAUCUAAACCACACCCAGCGGACGACACACAUAAGUGUGAAUGACAAAAUGGGAAUUAAUGGGUACAGUAGCAACCGCACCAAUGCCAAUGUUGGAAUGCGAAACGGCGUGUUGGCUGAGGGUGAAUCGACCGGGCAGCGAAAAUCGCACUUGUUCUGCUGCUGGAUGUACAUUGCUGCCACUGCUACCAUUGGGUCCAGUUAUUAUAUUGGAUCCUGCUUUGGCAUUGUCGGCAUCGAUGCUGAAAUCAACUCUGCCAUCGCCAAUAAUUGUUAUUCCAGAAAUAAUAGUGUCACCAGGGCUAUCAUUACUGUUUUUGUUAUUGCUGCUCGUCUUGCUUCUGCCGCUACCGCUGUCGUUAUUCGCAAUUUUGUUAUCUGCAAUUUUGACAGUUUCCAGCAAUGUAUAAUCUGUUGUUGGUUCUGCUAUUUGGAUAGCCUUGGGCGAUUGAUGGUGCGUGGAAAAAAGCCAUCUGGCACUCUAGCAUUGCCUAUAUCUGGCAUGUUUAACGGUACAGUUGCUGAUAUCAAUGCUGCUUUUGCUAAAGGCGGUUGCACAGGAGCAUCAUUAAUAAAGCUUUCUCCGAUUCGAUUAGAACUGUAAUUGUGCUCUGCUUCUGUCAGCCCAGAAAACCAAGUGUUUUCGUUCUGAAAUAUGUUAUGGCGAUUCCACGCGGCGCGUUUUUUGCGGAGCUUUAUGAUAAUGAUGCUUACUACAAGGCUGAAAACAACAAAGCAGUAGAUUAUGCCAAUGGCUAUCCAUAAGUCAAAGGCCAAUAUGUAAUACAGCGUUACUGACAGCGCGCUCGGAAACUGCACUGAAAACACGUUUGCCUUUGACUGGUACUCGGAGUGAUAUACAAGCAGUGGAAGUGCCAGUACAAACGCCAUAAUAGUGGCCAACGGUAGAUACCACCUGUGAAUUGAUUGCAACCUGACCGAGUUGAGUCGCAAAAGCUGCGAGAGCAACAAGUCUGUGGCAAUGGCAGAAUUCAAAAACACAAACCAUAGGGGCAUGGCAAACUGUGCCCAAAUGAGAAACCGUACCAGCGGCUUGCUUUGCUGAAAGGUGAUGCUAGAG